AUGGUCAAGCCAAGGUUGAUCAUCCUAAUCCGCCAUGCCCAGUCCGAAGGCAAUAAGAACCGCGAGAUACACCAGAUGAUCCCAGACCACAGAGUCAAGCUCACAGAAGAAGGUCACAAACAGGCAGAAGAUGCUGGACGACGACUGCGUGCCCUCCUGAGACCCGACGACAAGCUACAGAUCUUCACAUCACCAUACCGACGUACACGAGAGACUACGGAGGGCAUCUUGAAGACGCUCACUGCCCGCGAUGAUCCGGACGAUCCAUCUGCGGCGCCCAGUCCAUUCAGCAGGAACAAGAUUACGGUGUAUGAAGAGCCACGAUUGAGAGAGCAAGAUUUUGGCAACUUCCAACCAUGUUCGUCGGAGAUGGAGCGAAUGUGGGCAGAGAGAGCAGAUUAUGGACACUUCUUCUACCGGAUACCCGAUGGCGAAAGCGCUGCCGAUGCCUACGACCGCGUGUCAGGCUUUAACGAGAGCUUGUGGCGACAGUUUGGGGACGCAGACUUCCCGAGCGUCUGCGUCCUCGUGACACACGGCCUGAUGUCGAGAGUGUUUCUCAUGAAGUGGUACCACUGGAGUGUGGAGUACUUUGAAGACCUUCGCAAUGUCAACCAUUGCGAGUUUGUGGUCAUGAGGAAAGAUGCAGAGACGCAGAAGUACAUACUGGAGAACAAUCUACGCACAUGGUCGGAACUGAGGAGACAACGCAAGGAAGAGCAAGCCAAGCAGGAUCCACAGAGACGUAACACGCUGUCGAGUUUCUUGACGCAGUCGCAAGACAGCCCACAAAUACCGCCUCGGAAAUGGGGCGGCUGCAUAGAUGGGUGCAAUCACGCCAACGAUCAGUACCCGAGACGUACGGCACAGCGAAAGCAGCAAGUACAGCAGGAGCUUCAACUGCCACCAGCAGCUGAAGCACCGGAAGACAAUCCCAAUGAGGCAGAGGAUCAUCCCGUCGCGCAAGUUGAACUGACAACCAAGGGAGGAGAGGACUCGGGAGGUGUUGAUGGUCCAUCAGACGAAGGCUCUACAACCAGCUCGCGGCCUGAGUUCAAGAGGCCCUUCAGACCGCCCGCACAUUCAACUUUGCACCCUGGCAGAGAUGGCGGAAGCACAACAUCGGGCACCACAACGCCGCACGAGAUGAGUGACAAUGAUGGGAACCAAUACUUUGCUCCGCAAGCUCAGAAGGGAACGUCCUUGGGUAAUGCCCUACGGAAAGCUCCACGACGGAAGGCGACCCCCGAAGACAUUGAGCGCUGGGCGCAAGAGAGCGGCAUGGGAAAGGGAAAGAAGGCUGAUGCGCUGGGGGAUGAACCAGAUGCUUGGUCGGAUGAGAAUCGAGGCAGUCUGGAUGAAAAGAGCGCUUCGCAGGAUAUGGAUGACCUCGACCGGGCAGAGAAGGAAGACAAAGGAUUGAUGGGCAGUGUUUAUUGA